GGCCGGCCCAGGCCCAUCCCACCCCCGCCGCGGGUGGCGCGCGGCCAUGCGGGCGGCGGGGCCGGCGCCAGGAGCGGGACGCGGCUCCGUUCCUGCUCCUCGCCGCGGCCGGGGCCUCCGCCGGGCGUGGGCAUCCUUCGUGGACGAGUCGCUCUUCGGCAGCCCCGCGGGGACUCGCCCGGCCCCGCCCAGCUUCGCGCCCCCCUGGGCGACGGCGGCGGCUUCUCCCGGUGGCGGCGGCGGCGGCGACCCCCGGCUGAGGAGUAAGUGCAGGGUGAGGAACCGCGCUCCAUCCUACUGCGACGAGUCCCUCUUCGGCGCCAAGCCCCGGGGUCCGGCCUGGGCAGCUCCUCAGAUGAGGAAAGAAGACGUAGCCAAGCUCCAUCCGCUGCUCUGGAGCCCCCCGCCCGCCCCCCGAAACCAGCCCGGCCUCUCCCCGCGCUCCAGGGAGACGCCGGUGAGAGCCAUCCACCUGCGAGUCCCUGCAUCUCCGGCCACAGCAGGCUUCGAGGGAAGACCUAAGGGAGAGUCCUACAUCUGGAAGCGUCCCGAGAGCGAUCUGGGCUGUGAGGGCCCGGGCUCUCCCGGCAGAGGACGUUCCCAGUCUCUGAGCCAGCUGAACGCCUCCUCAGAUGGGCUCUGCCUGGCUUCAGGCAAUGCCAAGAGAGAAAGGGGUAAAAACCAGAGCCCUCUGACAGCCCCUGCGACCCCCCGAGGCCCUGUGAUGAGGGGUCGAUCAAAAAGCAUGUCUGGAUCUUCUUCAGCCAUGAGCUCCAAGGCAGUGGGUGGCUGCAAACCCAGGCCUCCCUGGAAAUGAAGCCAAAUGUCCCUCUGGACAUACACAGCCUUCACCUGCCUGAGGUGGGAGCAGUCCCCAAGGACCCUGGGGCGUCCCGGGGCUGCUUCACGUGGGAGGAUGAACUGGGAGCCGAGGGUGACCACAGCACUGGAGCAGGACAGCCUUGUGGUUGCAGCAGCUUCACUUGACUGUCUGGUGGUCGUCAGAUGAGGAACAGUAACGAGUCAGGUUCCUUCUGGCCGGGAAGUUGGAGCAGCAGGAGGCAGGACUGCCUACAGCGUAGGUCCGGGGCCCGACCAGGAGAAGGACCAGGCACAGGUACACCUACAGCAUAGCUCGGGAGGGACAGGCAGGGCCUGAGCUCGGGUGGAGCCCCCAGACCAGGGAGUGGAGGGUGCCACCAUGGUGGAGGUCCUAGGCAAGGCUGGCCAGGGGCAGUUAAGGUCUGAGGACACUGACAGGGACCUCUGCUGACCAGUUCUGGGGAGAGAGGAGUCCUGCUUCAUCCUGCCUGUUGUGUACAAUCCCAGCAGAUCGCAGGAGGUCUCUAGCCCAGCCCUGUGCUCGAGGCAGGUGAGCAAUGGCCUCAGGCAAGGCUGCUCCAGGCUUUGUCCAGUUGCAGGGUGGAAACCCUGAAGGACAGAGGCUGCACAGCCACCCUGGCGCUGCCUCCCACUGCUUGACUGUCUUUGGGGUGAAAAGCUUCCUUUUAUAUCCAGUCAGAGCCUGCCUUUGUUUGUGUCAGUUCUCUUAUUCUGCUGUGCACCUGAGCCCAAAGCUUGGCCCAGACCUUGCAGUCACCUCCUCUUCAUGGGUACUGGGAGGCUGCUCUGAGUCCCCCUGAAACCUUCCCUCCUCCAGGCUGAAUGAGCCCUAUUCCUUCAGCCUCUGCGCAUGGGACGUGUGCUCCAGCCCUGAUGGUCUUGGUGGCUCUCUGCUGGCCUUGCUCCAUUUCAUCAACACUUUAAAGGUCUCCUUUGGCAAGAAGGAGAAGGGAGGAUGAGCCAAGAGGUGGGGAAUGGCAUCAUUGCCCUGGUUCUGCUGGCAGGGGGAUGCCCCUGAGCUGGAUGGGGUUUUGUGACAGAGAAGGACGUGACACAGGGAUUUCAGCAGCUUCUGGUGAUGAGGAUGUGGACAUGUAAUCCUGUGGUUUGUAUUGAGGGUCGUGAGGUGCUCUCAAGAAUGCUGUGCUCAUCACCAAAUAAGUGAUCCAAGGCAAAUCUGCUGGGGCCUUUUGUUUGGUCCACAGGGUGCUGCUCUGCGAUCUGGGCAUGGCUAGCAUUUCCAAAGGCUGAGCAAAGCUGCUCCUCCUUGACUUCCUUCCCAAGGUGGGGAAGAGCACCUCGGUCUUUAGGAAUACAGGCAGGGAGGCAGAUAAAGGAUGCAAGCCAGGUGACUCAGGGUUUGCAGCCAGUGUCACUGCUGCACUGAGAAGGGAGGCUGCAGUGAUGAGCUGCUGAGGUCAGGGAACGCAGGUGGUUGCUGGGAGUCUGGUAACUCCCUCCUGUGCAAAGGGAAGCAUUCUCUUGAAGUCACCCAAGGAAAAACCCAGCCAGGUUAAGGGCAUCAUUCUGCCCACAGAAAUUCUUUUAUUGCCCCCUUGAGCAGCAGCAGGGUUGGGCCUUGACCCGCUCUGGCACAUGAAGGGCACUGAAGCCAGGAGGGCCAGCCAGGAAGGACACUCCUGGUCCAGUCCUGUUGGCAAGAAAGGUUAUUCUUGCUUUUGAAAGGCAGCAGGGCUCAGCCUAAAAUGGUGAGACGUGUCACCAGGCCACUGCUCUGCUGUAUUCUGUCUGAGACAGCCAGCCCUGGCAGGCUCAGGCCUUAGUGCAAGUGCUUGUCUCAGUUAAUGCUUGUGAUCUGGGAGAGCUGAGCCCCAGGGAAGAAGCAGCCAUGCAGGAGUAAAGAAUGGAGGACAGAGGAUAGAUUUUGUGCUUAUUUUUUGGCCUUGCCCUCUCCCUUUUUCUUCGUCUUCAGCGUGAGGAGUGUCUGGAACAAGCAGCUUUUUCAGGAUGCGAGUGGCAGCACAGGUCACAGCCUGGAUGCACAUGGCCCUCAUGUCCCCGUGCAUUCUUCUCCCGCUGCAUUCACUGCUUCUCCUCAGCCAGUGUGUUCUUCCUUCGGGUCAAGCCUUUUCCUUGGUGCAGACAGCAUGAAGCACCUCUCGCUCGGCCUGGCAAGACAGCAGACACUGGUUACUGCAGGCUGGAGGGUCUUCAGCAGGUUCUCCCUGCACAUGCCUGCAGAGGAAUCCUUUUCCCUAUCACAAAUCUAGGUAGAAUGGCCCCCAGCUGUUGAACUGAGCAUUCCCAGAGGGACCAAAAAAAGGAAUGUGCCUAAAUGGGACUUUUCAAGAGGUGCCAGAUCCAAAUACCUUCACACUCCUUUGAAUCUCCCUGCCAGCUUCCCUAUGUUGCAGAUGGCCUCUGUCCUCUGAUGGGGACUCUGACGAGUAAGGCACACGCAGGUCAGAGCCUGUUUUGCCACCACACUGAAGAAAAGGCCACCUCUCCGUGGUCUGAACGGGGCUGAGCCUGAGCCAAGAGCUUUGCUGAGAAGCAGGUUAUAUCAGAGGUGCUGUAACCCAGCUACUGGGCUGUGAGCUGUUGGGAGCCUGGGAAGAGCCAGGCUGUGUCCGCCUGUGGAAGGCCAGGGACGGGUGGUUUUGAUGGCACCCGGCAGCAAUUUAUUCCUUGCCCAACGUGCUCAUUAGCCGGGCAGAGGAGGAGGGUUGGGGAGUCAGCAGUUCUGGGGCUUGGUGCUCCGGCACAUAGGAAGCAAGAAUAACCUGAUGUUAUUAAAAACCUGAGAAGGUGAGGAUCCUUACGUUAGCAUCAAGCAUUCAGGCCGCUUCCUACACUUUGCGUUGCGGCAAUCCAGCAGCUUUUCUCCACCUGGGUAAAAACUGUGUGGUCAUGAAAGCAAUUAGGGCCCUGUCAGAGGAGGCGUUGGGGGUGCUGACGUGAAUCUGAGCCUGUUCAGCUUAAUUUGGAUGUCGGCACAGUGACGUGCAAGCUGUUAAGCCUGCAGAUCUCUCGAGUGGGCUGGGAGAGAAACCAAAGUGUGAUUUGGACACUAGAUGGAGACAAGAGGGUUAAGGAUAUGAGUCAGAUCCCGUGAGGCGAGUCAUCAGCAAACUGGGGUAACUGCCCCGAAAAUCUAAGCAGCCGAGAACUGCUGAACCCGAAAGCAGGAUGCAAAGUGCAAUAUUGGAGUGCUGGAGUACAUGAAAUGAAAAGAGAUUUUAUCUGAAAAACAAGUUGACAGUGGCUUGUAUGACGAGGGUGGCCAGUUUAUCCCCACUGCUAUGUUCAGGCUCCAAGGAAUCAACAGGGAAAACUAGACCCCAUCACAUCAGCCACAUGCUUUCCUCUCCCUCACUGACCCAGGUUUUCACUGAGGGCUUCCAGGCUGUCAGGAGGUCAGAACUGGCACUUCCUCGCUAUUUAUGCCACAAGGACAAUGUUGGUUAAAAUAUAAAUGGGUUGCUUGAGUUUCACACUGCGGUUCUCGCUCACAUUUGACGCUUUAUUACUGCCCUGCCCUCUUGUUCUUCCAAAGCUGUGCGGUCCAGCACAAGAGCAGAAGGUGCUCUGUUACUGUUGUGGGCUCCCUGCCUGUGGGAGGCUGGUGCUUGUGCGGAGCAAGCACCAAGUCUGAAUAAAAUGAGAUGGGGGAAAUGUCCAGUUGUUUCCUAGCUCCAGAUGUGCACUGUCAAGCCCAACAGGAUACAGUGGCCUGAAUCACAGCUGGGACUCCUGCCUCCUGCUGCUCUUAUUUCUCAUUUUUCUAUCUGCUCAGCACUGAGAUAAAUCUCUCUGCCUUUGACUCAA